GUUGGGUAGGGUCGGUUGGGGCAGAUCUGCGGCUGUCAUGAUUGCCAGCACUAAGUUACAUGGACUGCAUCCAGAGUAUGCAAACGGACUGGCUAUCGGUAUCGGUGCGGGCCUGUUCGCCUGUCGUUGCGCUGAGGGGCGGGAUCUACUUUUUUUUUUUUACUCAUGUACUGUACUGGGUUCGAGAUACAUCAUCCAAAAGCAGGUCACGGGGUGAGGGGGAUCGACGCCCGGGGGUCAGAACAAAAAGACAUUCUGUCAAUCUGAUAGCUGCUGACUUAGCGAGAACCGUAUCCGCCCAUUGUCCAGUAUCUAAACUCAAGUCUCUUACUGGAUUGAGUUUCCGUAGCCGAGAGAGCGGGACUAGUGACCUUGAUUCAGACCGCGUACGGAUCUGCUCGGACGAUGGAAAUCGUCUGACUCCUUCUCACCAACAGACCCAGCAACUUGGGAUAUGGUACGAUACUCGCUUCCAGGACCAAGAGUUCCAUGUGUCCGGUUCCUCAUCAACCUGAUACGGACCGAACCCCGGGACUCGGGGAGGAU